AUGUUCGGCAACGUGUACAAGGCCUGGGACCGCGUGCUGGAGCGCUUCGUCGCCGUGAAGCGGCUCUCGCGGAGGACCGACGACCGCUUCGUGGCGACCCCUCUCCCCGAAUUCGAGCGGGAGGUCAUGUCCCUCGCGGCGUGCCGCGGCCACCCUUCCGUCGUCCAGCUCCUGGCCGCGUACGCCGACUGCGGCCGCGCCGACGGCGACUGCUUCGUCGUCACGGAGUACGCUGGGCCCAUGAACCUGCGCAAGUACAUGGACGUCCGGCGCCUUAACGGCCAGCCGGACAUCGUCCCAGAGAACGUGAUCGUCGACAUGGACGCCGCGAGCGGCAGGAUGGUGUACAAGAUAUGUGGCUUCGGCAUGUCGAAGCCGGCGGCGCAGGCGGACAAGGACGACUCCGGGCCGCUGGCGUCGGCCAGCCCGUACCGCGCGCCGGAGCUUUUCCUGGGAUCCAAGGACUAUGACGGCCGGGUCGACACGUGGUCGCUCGGCUGCAUCAUGGCCGAGCUCGUCGCCGGUAACGGCGUGCCUUUCUUCUGCGCGCCGGACGGCGAGGUCUUCAAAAAGAUGCUGCAAAGUGGUUGGCACAGAGGGCAUCAUCGAGUGGCAGGGGCUGGAGCGCGUGGUGCCGGCCGAAAAGGUGGCCUUCCUUCGAAAGAUGGUCAGCGAGGAGGGCGGUCACCUGCAGCUGCAGGAGGGGUUCCCGCCGGAGGUUGUGUCUCAGGCUGGGUUCAAGGUUUUGGAAGGACUGCUGGAUAG